CAGAAGUGGAAGUUAGGAUUGACUCUCACGUAGUACCUAAGGUAGACAGGUUCCGAUAUCUUGGCUCGGUAAUCCAGGCAGAUGGGGAAUUAGACGGGGAUGUUGGACAUCGUGUUGGAGUGGCUUGGGCCAAAUGGCGGUUGGCCUCAGGGGUGUUGUGUGACCCGAAGAUUUGCGGGUCCUACUUUCCAUUCUUCUACCGAUCCGUAGUCAGACCUGCUAUGUUAUACGCGGCAGAGUGUUGGGCGGUUAAGAAGACUCAUGUGCGUCGUUUGCAUGCGGCAGAGAUGCGGAUGUUAAGAUGGAUGUGUGGGAAGACAAGGUUGGAUAGGAUUUCGAACGAAGUUAUCCGACGUCAGGUAGGCAUGGCGCCUGUGGAGGAUAAGUUGCGGGAAGCGAGGUUGAGAUGGUUUGGGCAUGUGAGACGGCGGGAUGUUGAUGCCCCUGUGCGGAGGUGCGAGAGGAUUACGGUUAUCGGGGGAAGUAGGGGAAGGGGUAGACCUAGGAAGAAUUGGAAGGAGGUGAUUAGGCAGGAUUUUGGACUUCUCACCCUGACUGAGGAUAUGGGCUUAGAUAGGAACCUUUAGAGGACUAGGAUUAAAGUAGCUGGUUAGGAGCUCGGUGCUGUAGAGGUUUUUGUAGUGUGUUGUGUUUGUUUGGUAUCUUCUACUUUUGCUUGCUGGACUUUCAUUUCAUUGUACUUGGUGCUUUAUCUUGUUAUAUCCUGUUAUAUCUUGUUAUCCUGUUAU